UGACAGUUCAUCCUCCAUUUGCCAUUUUCCCAAUAAUUUUAGCAUCACUGUUUGUGCGUCAAAUAAAUAAUUUUUUGCAAUUUUGCAAUUAAAUAAACGUUCGAGUGUUUGGUCAGUGAUACUUAUCCACAAAGCAAUUAACGAAUUAACGAAUUGAACAAAAUAGAAAACAAUGUCGGCUGAAGUAGGCGAAGAGUUCGAAUUCCAACAGGACUUGGCAAAUGACAAUGAGAACCAAGAUGAGCCGGGUAAUGAAGAUCAGGCAGAAGAUCAAGGCGGCCCGGAGCAAGACGGUCAAGACGAGGAUCAUGACAAUUCAUUCAUAAUUAAAUUACGUGGUCUGCCGUGGACGGUCACAAACAAGGACAUUGUGAAUUUCCUCAAAGACAUUGCCAUUGCCGAUGGGGAAAACGGUGUCCAUUUGAUUACCUACAGUCGUAACAGCACCCGUCCUAAUGGUGAAGCGUUUGUUGUGUGCGCAUCGGAGGAUGAUUACAAGAAAUCCUUUUACUACAACAAAAAAACGAUCGGAAAACGGUACAUUGAAAUUUUCAGUGCCCGUCGCGAAGAUUUCGAAAACAUCAUGCGGAAACAGAAUAUUGUCCAGCACGAUACCGUGGUGAAAUUGCGAGGAUUGCCAUGGCGUGUCACCGAAGACGAAAUUGUAAAAUUUUUUGACGGGUUGGAGCUAAACAAGGAAAAAGGAGUUCAUAUUCAUUUGGACAGAACGGGUAGGGCUUCGGGUGAAGCUUUCGUACAAUUUGAAAGUACAGAGGACUGCGAGAAGGCAUUGAAGCGAAAUAUGGAAAAAAUUGGGCACAGAUACAUUGAGAUUUUUCGAAGUACUACGGCUGAACUGCGUCGCAGCAUGUUCCAAAAUUCGGCAGGUAAUGACCGACCAUCGCCGUAUGACCGAAAUAAUCGUGGCGAUCGUGGCAGUCGAAUGAACAACUUUGGUGGCAACGAUUUUGGCAACAAUGGCCGCAAUAAUAUGAGAAGUAUGGGCGGUGAUCGACGUGGUGGUGGUGGUGGCGGCGGAGGAGGCGGUGGUGGACGCUUCGGAGGCGGUUUUUCGGAACCGUGGAAUGACAAUGGCAACAAUAUUUGGAAUAACCGGAACGAUUUUGGAUUCGGAAAUGGAAAUGGCAACGGAUUCGGAAAUUUCAACAAUGGAAACAACAGUUUUGGCAACAAUUUCGGAAACAAUUUUGCCAAUGACCGAUUCGGAAACAAUAAUGGAGGUGGCAGUGGUGGUAAUGGUGGUGGUGGUGGAAGCUGGUGCCCAUCACUAAAUGGUGGCUUCGGCAACAAUGGCAACAAUAAUGGAGGCAACCAAGGUGGCGGCGGAAACAAUAGCGGAAACGGAUAUGGCGCUUUAAACACUUUGGGCUUUGGAGGCUUAAGUGAUUUGAGAAACAACCGAGGCGGAGGUGGAGGAGGAGGUGGUGGUGGCGGUGGAUUCGGAAACAAUAACAGUCUUGGAGGCAACAAUUUUGGAAAUAUGGGAGGCGGCGGUAACAACAACUGCGGUAAUGACAUGAACGACUUCUUUUGUAUUCAUUUACGUGGCAUGCCAUAUUACUGCGACGAAAUGGAUAUAGUGAAGUUCUUCAGUCCACUAAAACCUGUCCACUGCAAUGUUAUUUAUAACAAUAAGGGUAUCCACAGCGGAGGCGGUAAUGCCUGGUUCAAGACUCACGAUGAAGCUGAGGAGGCUAUGAAACGUGACAAAGAUAAAAUGGGCAGUCGUUACAUUGAAUUGUUUUAUGACAAUCCUCCAUCGAGUAAGAACCGUCGACGAUUUUAAUAAUUUAAGGAAUUCCCUUUUUUGAAUCUGCUGCAUCUCAAAAGAAACAAAAACAAUUUCAUUCAAAUGGGUCAAAGUUUUCAGAACUUUUUUUAUGGACUCUUGAACUCAUCACUUAAAUGUAACGCAUUGGAAUCAAAAUAAAUCUCCGAUUUAAUUUGACA